GCUGUUUACUGUUAAACAAAAACUAUUACAUACUACAAUUAAGCCAACACUACGAGUAACCCUCAGCCAACACAAUGCUAAUCAAAGUAAAGACACUAACGGGCAAAGAGAUUGAAAUCGAUAUCGAGCCCACAGACAAAGUAGAGAGAAUCAAAGAGCGAGUAGAGGAGAAAGAAGGUAUUCCACCCCAACAGCAAAGGCUAAUAUUCUCAGGAAAACAAAUGAAUGAUGAAAAAACGGCCCAGGACUACAAAGUGCAAGGCGGGUCUGUUCUGCAUUUAGUACUUGCCCUUAGAGGUGGUAAAACGCAACACAUCUGAUUUAGACUUUGCCUACACUCUGAUGUAUGUCCUGACUACAUAGUUAUAAUUUAUUUGUUAUCAGCAUUAGCUUAAGAGAAAAUAAAUUAAUUUCUUUUUAACCAGGCAUAAACGCUCUUAAUAUAAAAAGUCAUGUACUUGA